CUUCAAAACCGCUUGCAGACCACGACCGUGCUGCAGGAGGUCUCUGCAAAGCGCCACUGCAAUGAUCCCAUUUGACACCAGCAGAGAAGAAGGUUACAGGUGGGGCGUGGUUUGAUAUCUCACUGAAUUAUCUCUUGGCAGCCUCCAACAAGCACCACAAAGACCUGUGUAGUAGCUUUUGUCGUCUGAAAGAUUAAAAUGGACCAAAAAUGGAUUCAGAUUCUGGUGAUUCUGGUGUUUUAUCAACAAAUGGCUUCAGGAGCUGACAAAAAAGCAAAGGACGGGGACGAAGUGGAAAUUAAAUGCGCGCCUACUCAGACGUCCUCUAUGGUCAUGUGGUUUCGAGUUCUGGACAACUCAGACAUGGACUACAUUGCAUCUUUUGACAUAAAUGGCAACUUAAAAAGUGGUACUUCCCUCAAGACUGUCUUCAAUAACAAUAACAUGAAGAAAAAUAUUCUUACGUUGAAAUCCUUCAGCAAGAGCAGGGACAGCGGCCUCUACUGCUGUGCCACAUUGGUGAAAAACGUUCUGGUAUUUGGCGAAACAACCCGACUGAGUGGAGUUGAAGUUCCAACACGUCCACAGGACAUCACUACCAAACCAACUCUACCCACAACUACCAAGGCCUGUGUUUGUAACAAGCAAGGGGGAAAAAGUGACAUGUUUUGCUCUCCAAUCAUUCUGGGCCCACUGGCUGGUGGCUGUGGCCUUCUUCUUCUGCUCCUCAUCAUCAUCACCUUUUACUGCAACCAUACGAGGACACGGAGGUGCCCACACCAUUACAAAAGAAAACCACGGACGAUGCCUCCUGGAAAACAAUUGAUGACCAACAGACACGUUUAAUGUAAAUGGCUCUAAAAAUGUCGCUCUGCAAUUAUUUUACAGUGUUGUGUUAAUAUUGCAGAAAUAAGUCUUCAUCUUAUUUAGUUUUAUGACAAAUUCACAGUGAAUAAUUGGCAACCUAAAAUAAUCUCGCUGUGUGUGAUAGAAAAUAUAACAAGUGUUUAAAGUGGUUCAGUAUUCAACGCAUCAAAUACUUUGAAAGCUUUUCAUUAGUUCACAUUACAUUGUGGUUUCAUGGUCGAUGACGCCGCCCUGUCACAUUCAGUUUGAACUCUUUUAAUGAAAUAACAUGAGACGACAUGAUUUUCUAUUUAUCCAAGCCCCACGAGUCUUGAUAAAGACAGAAAACAGGGAAUGGAAACCGAAUAGAAACCAAGAACAUUAGAAUUCAGUAUUCUGAUUUGUUUAUUUCCCUUUAGAAAUUUAUGAAAAUGUAUGUAAUCAAUUUUGCUUUUGUAUAGAUUUCACUUAUAGUUACAUGUACAGUCUCUGCUUUUAACAGCCCAUGUUUUCUUUCCUUUUUAGAAUAGUCUCCCUACACAGAUUUUUGACCGUAGUUAUUGUAAUUUAGUUUUGUGAUUUAACUUCAGCCCUGAAAAAAUCAAAUAACUACAGUUAAGAAAAUGAUUUGCUCUGCUUAACAUUCUGUCCUGCAGGAGGCUAACUUCAAAUUUUGAAAACUUUAAAUAACCUUUUCUACAAUUUUAUAUAGUUAUCUUUUGAUUCUUUUUUCUCACAAUUCAAAUUUCUCUGGUUUCAAAGUAAUGACAAACAAAUAGUAUUUUUGUUUUUUAGAAAAUGGAUGUACAGUAUUUCACAAUUAUCCCACUGUCUGAAUUUUUGUAACUGAAAAACAAAAUUGAAAAAAAAAAGAAGAAAAUAAUGAAAUAAAAGAAAAUAAAUAAAAAAUAAAAUGUAGACAAGCAUUCUUUCUUGGCUGCAAUGAAUUGUAGUUGUCUUUAUUUAUGUUGCUUUCUUUCUUUCUUUUUUUUUUUUACACAUCAAACCCACUCACUUGAAUCCCCCAUCAGUCAUUCAGGGUCUUGGCACAAAAAUAUAAAGUUAGAAGUUGAAGUUUGUUUUGUUGAAACCCCCCCCCCACGUCAAAAGGAAGUGGGCUGCUACAGCUGUAUGCACAGUGAAAAACCACUAAGUCGAGAGAGAAAAAUAUUUUAAGAGGAGAUUUGCUUCCCGUUCUGUUUAAUACGAACACACUUCCCUUGCACCUGAAAGAAAACAGUCUGUAUUGAUUUAACAUUGCAGUUAUUGAUUCUUCCUGCUAUAUUUGGCUUUUUUUUUUAUUUAAGACAGUUCAUGUUAACUUGAGUUUCUUGUUUGUAGAAACCAGACUCUCAUAUAACAACUACACCAUUCUAAUUUUCAUAUUUAUUUUAUUCAAUUAGUUUUCCCACAUCUAAAAUAUCUCUCAUAUCUUUUGACUCACACCAACACACGCAA